CAGAGUGAGUGCCACGGUUCCACCAUGCCAGGGAACCUUUCCACAGCCGCAUCUCCCGCGGUCAACACCUCCAACGCUACGGCCGCCGCCGCACCUUGGGAAGCGCCGGCCUUCACUGUGGCCGCCCGCUGCCGCGUGGCCGCCACUCUGGCGCUCUUUGUCUUUGCCGCUCUGAGCAACCUGUCGGUGUUGAUCAGCGUGCGCUGGGGCCGAGGCUAUCGGCUGGCGGCGCACCUGCGUCCGCUCAUCGCCAGCUUGGCGUCGGCCGAUUUGGUGAUGACCUUUGUGGUGAUGCCGUUGGACGCCAUUUGGAAUAUCACCGUGCAGUGGUACGCGGGGGACGCCAUGUGCAAGCUGUUGUCUUUCUUGAAACUCUUUGCCAUGCACUCGGCGGCGUUCAUACUGGUGGUGGUGAGCCUGGACCGAUAUCGGGCCAUUCUUCAUCCUCUGGAUUCCCUGGAUGCUGGGCUGAGGAACAAACGCAUGCUGCUGGUGGCCUGGACGCUCAGCUUGUUGCUGGCAUCUCCUCAGCUUUUCAUCUUUCGGGCCAUUAAGGCAGACGGAGCCGACUUCACUCAGUGCGCCAGCCACGGGAGUUUCCAGCAUGGCUGGCAGGAGACGGCAUACAACAUGUUUCACUUUGUGACACUCUAUGUCUUCCCGCUGCUUGUCAUGACCUUCUGCUACACAAGCAUCCUCACCAAGAUCACUGGGCAGAUGCACAAGAGCAAAGAUGGUGAGCGAUGCCUGCGACGUAGUGGAAAAGACAAGAUUCCCAAAGCCCGGAUGAAGACCCUCAAGAUGACCAUAGUCAUUGUCAGUUCUUUCGUCAUCUGUUGGACCCCUUAUUACAUUCUGGGGAUCUGGUACUGGUUCCAACCGUCCAUGAUCCAGCACACUCCAGAGUACGUGCACCACAUCCUGUUUGUCUUCGGCAACCUGAAUACAUGCUGCGACCCGAUCAUCUACGGUUUUUACACGACGUCCUUCCGGGCCGACCUGGCCGACGUGAUGGCGUGCUGCCGCCGCCGCCGCGCCAACGGCGACUCGCCGCGUUCUGUGGAUCGCCUUUCGGCGAGAAAGGCCGGAGCCGCUGGGGAGAUGGAGUCGGAUCUGAGCUCCAACCCACACAGCGGUAACGUAUGAUGGACGGAGAGGCCGGUCACCUUACGGAAUACUCAAGGGAACAUGAUGAGAUUGGGAAAGAAAAGGCCCACUCAUGAUAAUCAGUGGAAUGCGAUCAAAGUGAAUAUGCUGCAACAUUCAUGGCAAGAUGAUGGCUUCCAACUUCGAAUCAUUUGUUUUGCUCUUUAUGGGCACGAAGUACACACAUCUCACCCAAUCAGAUUGCUGUGAUGUCAUCAAUGUGCUGCUGCAUAUUUGCAUUGGACCUCGGGCUUGCCGUGGGAUCGGCUCAUCUAUCUGUUUGUUUUUUCGAAGCAAAAUGCAAUGGAGAUGCACAACUUGAGCCAGUUGAAGAGCACAGCCGAAAAUUGCCUGAAGCAGCGUUUAUAAUCAUAGUGGUAGUUUUCCUUUUGUCCAAGUCAAGACGUUUUUGUGGUAUUUGGGCAUUGUAGACUGCAAAAUGGUUGAAAAGCUUGAUUUGGGUCAGGACUGUCCGCACUUGAUAGGAGCUGAGUGAUAUUAGACGAGCCCCGCCCCCCCAAAUGCAGAUACUGAAGUAUUUUUAGAACAAAUUGUAUAACCUUGCAUGAUUGUGAAUGAACUGAACGUCAUAUUUAAUACUCAUUGGUCACUAGACAGUGUUAAUGAUUGUAAUUAUUGGCGGGAAAUAAAUAACCUGUUGUGCAUAGACAGUACAGUACUUGUAUGCUCCAAAUAGGUGAUGUGCAAUUUAUAAUUUGCUGAAAGAGACACUAUCAAAUAACGUGUACGCCAAGAGAACAAUAAAAGUGAUGUCAAACA